AUGGAGGCAAUGCGCCGAAAGAUCAUGGAGGAGCAGCUCGCUGCUAUCGAGCAAGCGACGAGACAGCAGGAGCGGGAACAGUCUGUUGCUCCUACUUGCGCAUCCUCGAAUCCUGCCGUCUCCUCUCUUCCGCAUCGUAACAAGCACGCUCCACCGCCAAAAGUAAAAUUGUAUCAUCCUCCUCUGCUCCCAUGCAUUCCUCCCAACUCAGCAUCGCAAUCCAGCAGCACAAACUCUACUACACCGAGCAGAGGUAUAGGCUCACGAGCAGAUCCUAUUGUCUUUGCUCAACCUUCUCCCAUGGGAGCUAAUCGUGCGAAUCCCUUCCAAGCGGCACCUACUUUAUCUCACCCACAUCCAAUUCCCCCUCGACCUCUCACAACCUCGAGCUACGCGGCGUCACAACCAUUCCGCUCGCCGAACUCCAAGUCCUCUCAGCUCCCUUUCAUCUCUCCUAAGCAGACUCCUCCUCCACCACCACCACCGCCACCACCGCCACCACCAACACUGAACAACAACAACCCCUUCUAUCAACCGCCUGUCUCACAUCUGCCUUUGGCGUACUCAUCACCCUCAAAGUCAAGAAGCAAAGUAGCUUAUUCGCAAUCGCAAUCGCAAUCGCUCUUUAUGAGUCAAGAGUACGAACCCACGACUUACCCCAAUGACGCGGCUGUCGUUCCUACUAUAGAUGCUGCUACCCGUGACAAGCAGAUCCAGGAUCUGCUAUCCAACAUGGUCAAUGUCACCGAGUUGUCCGAAGAUGCGAGGACUAGUGCCACUAUUCCUGGUCUCAAGUGUAUCUUAUUGCCUCAUCAGGUGCAGGGCGUUACGUGGAUGCGCGAGCGGGAGAAGGGUGCAGCCAAGGGCGGAAUUCUUGCCGAUGACAUGGGUCUGGGAAAGACGGUGCAAACCUUGGCACUCCUCGUCUCGAAUCGUCCAGGUCAAGAUGCUUCCACCAUUGAUCUCGAGGUGCCUUUGGAGCCUUCAAAGCGUGCCAACAAGGCGCCAUCGGCUGCUGCAGCAAAAGCGACAGCCAACAAAGCAAUGCAGCAAACGCCUGAAACUCUGUCCCGUCUAGAGCUGGCUUCCAAGACCACCCUCAUCAUCGCUCCGCUCGCCGUCAUCAAGCAGUGGGAGCGCGAAGUCGCUGAAAAGACUGAUGCUGGUUUAAAGGUCUACCUCUACCACGGACCUUCUCGUUCCAAGAAGGCUUCUCACUUCAACAAGUUCGACAUUGUCAUCACCACCUACACUACCGCAGCGAGCGAAUACAGCAACUACAUGUCCAACCUCGAAGCUCUGGCCAAAGGCACCGCACCCUCCGCUGCAGUCGCUUCCUCGUCCUCAUCCAAGUCUAAAUCGAAAGCAAAGCCCAAGUUUAAGCCCAAGAAUGGCUCUCUCGUCAACCAUCGCUCAACCCAAGCCGACUCUGACGCAGAGUCUGGUUCUGAGAACAAACCUAUGGAGAUCCACUCGGCAGAUUCGGAAGACUCGUUCGCGGAUCCUGUAACGCCGCCGAAAGCGGUCAAGAAAGUCAUGCCUACUCCUCUCUUUGAGGCUCAGUGGCUCCGUAUCGUCUUAGAUGAAGCGCAAAACAUCAAAAACCACAAAGCAAAGUGCUCUCGUGCUUGCUUCUUGCUUGCAGCUAACAGUGUCUCGCGAUGGUGUCUGACGGGUACGCCGCUUCAGAACGAUGCCUACGAGAUGUUCUCCCUCAUUCACUUCCUGCGUGUUCCACCCUUUGACGACUUUCAGCACUUCAAGGACAAGAUCGGCGAACCGCUCAAGGCGACCAAUCAGACCAGAGUCAAUUGGGGUAUGAAGCGGCUUUGCUUUGUGCUUCAGACCAUCAUGCUUCGUCGUACCAAGGAGGCCAAGAUGGAAGAUGGCAAAUCGAUUCUCAACCUGCCCAAGCGAAACCUGGAGUUGAUCGAGCUUGAGUUUGAUAGUCCGCAGGAGAAGCACUUUUACGUCGGAUUGCAGGAAAGGAUCAAGCAGGCGUUUGAGAAGGAGGAAGAGCAGCAGAGGUUGACGGGUAAGAAGUCCAAUAUGAUCGCUUCCUUGGUGUUGCUCUUGAGGUUGAGGCAAGCGUGUAGUCAUCCCGCGAUGGUGACGGGCAAUUUGAGGGUUGAUGCUGGUGCGAUUGGGACUGCUGCUGCCAAUGGGGAUGGAGCGAAGACUGCCAAGGGGAAGCAAGUAGCCGAAGAGGAUGACGAUGACGAUGACGAUGAUGAUGGAUUGGCAGCUAUGCUUUCCAGUCUUAGUGUUGCUCUCAAGCGGUGCGAUCAAUGUAAUGUCGAGCUGCCUCGUAAUCCUCCGGCUGUCGACGAGAACACGCUGAUGGCAGCAGUUAACCCAGCGCUCGCUAACCGCAAGCUCUGCACCGACUGCACACGAGUGGCAUCCAAAUGCUCGCAAGACCUCUUCGCGACCUCGUUCGGAUCCACCAAGAUCCGCAAAAUGCUCUCCAUCCUCUCUGCAAUCCGUCAAGCCGAUAAAAGCGAAAAGACCAUCGUAUUCUCCCAAUUUACUUCCUUCCUCAACAUUGUCGAGCCACACCUUCGUCAACAUCACUUCAACUACGUCCGGUACGACGGCUCAAUGAAACCGCAAGAUCGUGAACAAGCGCUCGAGAGAAUCCGUUCCGAUCCUUCGAUCACCGUCAUCCUGAUCUCCUUCAAGGCAGGAAGCACGGGCUUGAACUUGACCAGCUGCAGCAGGGUCAUAUUGAUGGAUCUUUGGUGGAACCCUCAGAUCGAAGAACAAGCUUUCGAUCGUGCACAUAGGUUGGGUCAGCAAAGGGAUGUGACAAUCUACAAGUUGAGCAUUAAGGACACGGUGGAGGAGAGAAUCUUGAAGUUGCAGGAGAAGAAGAGAGCUCUGUCGAAGGCAGCACUGGAGGGAAGCAAGCUGGUGAAGGGUAACAAGCUGGAUGCCAAGGAAAUCUGGUUCUUGUUUAAUGGAAGUGAUCGUUGA